GAAAAAAUUUAGCGCCAUCUCCAUCAGUUUGGGAAUGAUAACAAACGACAGCAAAAUUAUAUUACAUGGUGUCAAAAAAUUCUAUGAUGGAAAAUGAAGAAAAAAACAGUAAAAAGAGGAAAUUGAAAAAUUCCAUAAUUCAAAAUAAGAAAAUGAAACUGAAGAAAAGUGAUACGGUGUCGAAUUAUCCAAGAUGUAGUUCAGUGUCAAGUAACUGGCAAAAACUAAUGGAGACUUUCAAAUUGAAUCCAGUUAAACAGAAGAAGCUUGAAAUUAGUAAAAUGAAAAAAAAGAAAGGAAAAAAUUUCAAGCAAAAUAGUGAAACUGAAAGGAAAAAGAAGUCUCAAAAGACUACUCAAGAUGAUGAAAUUUGGUUUGAUGGUGUUGAUAAAGAUUUACUUGAUUUGUCUCAAAGGAAAUCUGAAAAUUCUUCAAAUGAUACACUUGUUAGAUCAGGACAGCAAACAAAUCAAAUAACCAAAGUGGUAGCAAUGGAUUGUGAAAUGGUGGGAGUAGGUGAAGAUGGCAAAGAUUCAAUGCUUGCCAGAGUGUCCAUAGUAAAUUCUCUGGGAUUCUGUAUAUAUGACAAAUACGUGAAACCAAAGGAAACUAUUACUGACUACAGAACUGCUGUCAGUGGAAUUAGACCAGAAGAUUUAAAAAAUGGUGAAGAAUUUGAAGUUGUACAGAAAGAAGUAUAUGAUAUUUUAAAGCAAAGGAUUCUUGUUGGACAUGCUGUAAAUAAUGAUUUAAAGGUUCUUUAUUUGGAUCAUCCCAAAAGCAAAAUUCGAGACACCAGUAGAUACAAAUAUUUCCGAUCAUUAACAAGAGGUAAAACGCCAUCUUUAAAAACUUUGGCAAGAGAGGUAUUAAAAGUAAAAAUUCAAGAAGGGGAACAUAAUUCUGUACAAGAUGCUCAAGCAACCAUGCGUCUCUACACUAUGCAUCGUAAAAAGUGGGAGUACGAAAUAAUUAAAAGAAGAAGAGCUGCCAAAAAGAAGAGUUUGGAUAAAAUUUUUGGCAGUAGCUGGAAUGUAACUCACAAUAUUAGCAAGAUAUGACUCUAUAAAAUAUAC